AUGACGGUGAUAACCUCGCAGCCCAUCCAACAAGGACCAGGAACAGGGACGAUGCAGCCCUCCACGGAGAGACAGUGGGCUCAACCGUCACAUCCAUCAGCCAUCCGAGUAGUUUCCUCCAGGCUGCUCACCUCCGGCACGAACAUGGACGAGAAAGCCGCCUCCUUCUGCCUGGCGGCCGUGGCAGACCGUGAUAUCCCUGCAAACAGCCUGAUCGUCAAGAACACAUCCACCACUCUGGCUGCCGUCAAGGCCUACUCGACCGUCCAGGUGUCCAGGGACCAGCAUAUCGAGCUCAACUCAGACCUGCUAUACUGUAACCAUUCCUGUGAUCCGAACGUGAAAUUCGUUACCUCGACGCUGGCCAUGGAAUCACACAACGGUCAGGCUGAUGCGCCUGUCUCGGGAGCAUUGGAGCACCGAGUGGGAUAUGUCACAGCCCUUCCGGUGUUCCUGUGGCGCAAGGAAGUGUCUGGGAUGGGUUGA